GGCGGAAGUGAGGUGGCCUUUUGUAGAACAAGCGAAAAAUAAACACGUAAUCGCCCGAGUGCUUCUGCGAGCCUUAUAUGUGUCGGCUGAACCAGACGUGAUUGUGUUGGAUGGGGAUAUAGACGUGGUCCAUAUUUUAUGUGUCGGCUACAGCGUUGAGCUCCGCUCCUUUGGCUCACAGUGCGGAGGUUUCUGCCCUUUGUGAAGCAGAAGCGGGCGCACAAAUAUGGUUCGAGCAGCUUUGGUAACAGCCACCAGUCUGGCUCUCACCGGAGCCGUGGUGGCUCAUGCCUAUUUCCUCAAACACCAGUUCUAUCCUACAGUGGUAUACCUCACCAAAAGCAGUCCAAGCAUGGCAGUUUUAUAUAUCCAGGCAUUCGUGUUGGUUUUUCUUCUGGGAAAGUUCAUGCGCAAGGUGUUCUUUGGCCAGCUGAGAGCUGCAGAGAUGGAGCACCUGAUCGAGCGUUCCUGGUAUGCAGUGACAGAGACUUGCUUAGCCUUUACAGUCUUCAGGGAUGACUUCUCCCCCCGUUUCGUGGCCCUUUUCACUUUGCUGCUCUUCCUCAAGUGCUUUCAUUGGCUGGCUGAAGACAGAGUGGACUUUAUGGAAAGAAGUCCAAAUAUUUCAUGGGUCUUCCACUUCAGAGUUCUCUCUCUAAUGGUGUUGCUAGGAGUACUAGAUUUCUUAUUUGUCAACCAUGCCUGCCACAGCAUUAUCACCAGAGGAGCUUCAGUACAGCUAGUCUUCGGUUUUGAGUAUGCAAUUCUGAUGACCAUGGUUCUCACCACCUUCAUUAAAUACACUCUGCACACCAUAGACCUUCAGAGUGAGAACCCAUGGGACAAUAAAGCAGUCUAUAUGCUUUACACAGAGCUCUUUACAGGAUUUAUUAAGGUGCUGCUCUACAUGGCAUUCAUGACCAUAAUGAUCAAAGUGCACACCUUCCCCCUGUUUGCCAUUCGACCCAUGUAUCUCGCAAUGAGGCAGUUCAAGAAAGCUGUAACAGAUGCCAUAAUGUCUCGACGAGCCAUUCGCAACAUGAACACACUUUACCCAGAUGCAACUCCUGAGGACUUGCAAGCUUCUGACAAUGUGUGUAUCAUCUGUCGAGAAGAGAUGGUAACUGGAGCCAAGAAGCUGCCUUGCAACCACAUCUUUCACUCUAGUUGUCUUCGGUCAUGGUUCCAGAGGCAGCAGACAUGUCCGACAUGCCGCAUGGAUGUUCUGCGAGCUUCACAGCCAAAUAUCACUCCUGCUGCUGCUGCCCCUGCAGCCCCAGCAGCUCCAGCUAAUGCUCCUGCUCCCCCGGCUGCUAAUGUUGCUCCGGGUGUGAUGCCUCAAUUCCCCCCAGGCCUUUUCCCAUUUUGGGCUCCCUUCCCUGGUGCAGUUCCUCCUGCUGCUCCUCCUGCUGCUCAGGCAGCCUCCAGCACACCACAGACCAGUGCAGAUGCGAUCCAAACGUCAGGGGCAGAAUCAGGAGCAAGUAGCUCAAGCCAGACUGGUGCAGAUGGUGCUGCUGCUGCUGCUGCAGCUCCUGUGGCUGGAGUGCCUGGCUUCCCCUUUUCUAUGCCCCCUCCAUUUCCAUCAGCACCAUGGUUGCCCAUGCCUCCUCCUCCACCUUUCAUGUCGACGAUGCCUCCACCCCCACCAUCUCUGUCCACAAUGUCAGAGGAAGAACUGAGGGAGUUGGAGCAGGAAGGUCGCCGCGGUCUGGAGGCCAGACUGCAGUGCCUUCAGAACAUCCACACACUGCUGGAUGCUGCCAUGCUUAAUAUCCACCAUUACCUCACGACUGUAGCUUCGCUCAGUCCUCCUCGAGCAGAGAGCAGCACUAGUGAAAUGAGUGGAUCAGGAAAAACUGAAGCUUCCACCCAAGAGAGUGGAUCACAAAUCGCUGGUUCUGUCAGUGGAGCUACUGGAUUUUCCCAACCAGAUUCCACUACAGAAGUUGAGAAGAAGGAGGAAGAAGAGGCAGAGGUGGACGGAGAGCCAAGCGCUGCUGAACUGAGACGUCGCCGCCUACGCAAGCUGGACACCACACCGCCUCUGGACCAAUGAUUAUUCAACCGGCAGUCCAGGCAUUGCAUUUUGACAAAGGACUUUAUACAGUAGAAAGUCUCCUCAUGUUACCCUGCUUGGGCAUUUUGUGUGCUUGAGCUAUUAAGUUGUUUCACAGUGGGCUCUUAUGUUGGUCACUUAGACACUUUGGAUGAUUUCUAAGGAAAUUCACAGAUAGAAGAGUGGAUUCCUCAUUGAUAUAUGCGGAAUUAAUAAUGCAUCCGAGGCAAAAUCUUUUUAACAUUUCAUAGUUCAUCUGUUUUGUUUUUGUUUUUUUAUUUAAUAUAAUCACACUUUUCUGCAAACCCACAAAAUGAACAUUGAAAUAAUAUUAUUGUUGAAAAUGGAUUUUUUUUUGUACUGUUUGUCUUUUCAUUAUUUCUAGCUCUUUUUUCAGAUCUGAUCUUUGCUUUGAUGGGGAGAAUUUACCAUCGAGUGGCAUAAAUUAACAAACUGUACAUACUGUAUAAAGUAUUUUAAUAGGAAGAUCUGUAAAUAAUGCAGAAUAAAUCAAUCAAUAAACUCA